GGAAAUGGUUCUAUUUCGUCAACGAGGUGGCCAUGCUUCAAGAUCUCCGUCAUCCCAACAUCAUAGCAAUGGAGAGAGCGGCUAGUUGCCCAGAGUCACUGGUCAUGGUGUUGGAAUUUCAUCCUGUGGAUCUGUUCGACGCCUUACCUCGUAUCUCGGAUGAGGAAGCCACUCGCUACUUUACCCAGGUCACCGAGGCCUUGAGCUAUCUACACAGCCGACGUGUCGUGCACGGUGAUGUAAAACUGGAAAAUGUGUUGGUGAGUAAAGAUGGAGUGGCAAAACUUUGUGACUUUGGACACGCUCAGGUAGUUCCUGAAAACACGGACAGUUUGAAGGAAUGGGGUAGUUGUGCAGCCUACCACGGACCGGAAUUCACAAGGGGCCAUCCCGUGAAAGACGCUUUCAAGCUUGAGAGUUUCUGUGUCGGCGUUCUGCUGUGGGCACUUGUGUUUCGUAAACAGCCCCAGAAAAACACGGACUUCUUAAAGCUGUUGGACAGUGACAAAGCAAUCUCGCCUUCUUACAGGCAAUGUGUACACCGUCUACUGUGUGCAAACCCGACAGAGCGUGCUUCAGUCUCCCAGAUCCUACAAAUCCUCAGCACCAACGGUCACACAGAACUUCGUGUCCGACAAAACACCACUGCUCAAUCUCUCAUCACUGCACCAAUCACAUACAACAGCACCGGCGAGGAAGUAGCGAGUCCGUACUUCGGAAGCUCACCCAUCGAACAGACACCAUCUUCAUCAUUCUGCCAUCCCUUCAACGAGUUCAGCUAUCAACAUUCAGGAUAUGACCAACAGUUCGUGUACCCCUCGCACUCUGGAAACCUUCAGUAUUUCCCACGUGAGACACCGACACAGUACUACUACAUGAACCAGAGCAAUGGACUAGCAACCUUUCACCCGGCAGGUACACAUUUCGAUUCCUCGGCCUAUCAGAGAGAAACAACAGCCCAGUUCCCCCAAUAUGUGGAUGUCUCUUCUUCACAAUAUCACCAGUCUACGUUGGAUCUACAGAGAGCCCAAUGGCCUGUGUUCACAGACACAAAUCAGCGCACAGUUCAGCAACCUGCUCCCCCGUCACUGGGACACUCUCAGUUUCGCACACACCAUCAAAACUGUUACCAGCCUGACCCUACAGCUUGUUUCCAGUACGUGGUACCUUCGUCAGUUCCUGAGUACUUUCAACCUGCUACAUUUCAACGGUAUCGGGAGUAAUCUGUGUAACAAUAGAGACAAUUCUUCUCAAACAGGUUGUGUCAGAAAUCUGCAUAAUUGUGUAUCAUUUCACUAUAGUAUUACCAUGCAUUAAUGAUCUUGAGCACUUUGUAUUUAUUCUAAAUGAAUGAUCAUUAUGCCUCGAGUUAGAAAUCCAUGAUGUGUAUUCAAAACAGAUAUCUUAGAAUCAAAUACUGUUUUGAAUACAGUCAUAACUUGUAAUAAUUGUAUAAGACCCUAGUCCACCCCCUCCCCAAAACAAACAAACAAUUGAACAAACAAACACAGAAACAUUCUACACCCCCCCCCCCACCUUUACGAAAAAAACCCCAAACAAAACAAACAAAAAUAUCCCCUUAUUUCGAUUUCUUACCCGUCGACCCGUUGUUACAAUGUUUUCCUUUUUGAAAAACUGAAUAGAGUUCUGUGAGGCAAAUUUUUAAGCUUUUUGUUGGAACAAAUUGGUGAUUUUGAGCACUUUGCAUUUCUUUUUUUAAAAUGCCAAAUAUUCUUAUUGUACAGUUUAAAAACCCGAUGAAAAUACAAAUUUAAAUCACUAUGUUCUACAUGUAUAACAUACGUAUUAGUUGUGCAGAAAGUCACUUCUUGAUCCCUUCAUAAAGAAUUAAACCUCACCGACGGAAGAACAAGAUAAGAGCAGCUCUUUGUCUUAGAAUUGUACAUAAUUGAUGAACAUUACCAGCCAGUAGUAUAACGUAAUUGAGACUGAUAUUUGAGAAGUUUUUGUUACAGUAGCUGUAAUGGUCAUAAGUUAUAUUGUAUAUAUAAAAGGAAAGCAUAAGAAACCAGGAAUAACAUGAUGCAAUUCUUUUAGUUUGAAGUGUGUGUGCUCUUGAUAUGUUCAUAUUCACAAUUUGGAAAAAUAAGUUCAGGUUACUACAUUUUGAUACUUCCAUAAAGCGAUUUGUCUGACCAGCUCCACUCGAAGACAAUAACUUUUGCUUGUGUCAAUUGUACAUUAUUGCUCAUCAUUCUCUGAGUUAACAACCCAGGAUAUGUAUUUGAAAUUGACAUUUACGAAUCAAAUACUGUUUUGAAUGUGUGCCUUAUCAAUCCACUAUUCUAUGGUUUUUAACAUGUUAUCAUGCAAUCACAGUGUGUUCCUUUUUUUAAUUGGCCGUUUGCAAUAUUGUAUACAACAAUGAAUACAUAAUAAAUCAGAAACAGCAUGAUGCAAUAAUUUUAGUUUUAAAUAUUUGCUAAGAGUAUGCUCUUGAUAUGUUCAUAUUCACUUGAAAAAAAUGUGUUCAUGAUACUACAAUUUGAUGCUUUCAUAAAGCGAUUUGUCUGACCAGCUCCACUUGAAGACAAUAACUUUUGCUUGUGUCAAUUGUACAUUAUUGAUCAUCUUGCCCUGAGUUAGUUAUCCAGGAUAUGUAAGUCGAAUUAGAAUUGUACAUAAUUGAUGAACAUUAUCAGCUAGUGGUACAUUGUAUAACGUAAUUGGGACUGAUAUUUGAGAAUUUUUAGUGUUACAGUCAUAAGCAAUAUUGUAUAAUAUAUAUGAAAUGAAAACAUAAGAAACAAGGUAUAUCAUACUUCAUUACUUUUAAUAAAGAAUGCUUGUGCUCUUUAUAUGUUAAUAUUCAAAAUUGGGAAAAACGUGUUCAGAAUACAUGUACUACAUUUUGAUACUUUAUAAAGCGAUUUGUCUGACCAGCUCAACUUGAAGACAAUAACUUUUUCUUUGUGUUAAUUGUACUUUAUUGAUCGUCAUGCCCCGAGCCAGUUAUCCAGGAUAUGUAUUUGAAACUGAUACUGUUUGAAUGCAAUCAAAGGUUGCAAUAAUUGUAGAAACUUCCAGCCCCCUCCCCCCCUCCCUUUCCUCUCUAAAA